UUUCUGCACUUGAUGAUGGGAGCUCUUGGGAAUCAAUGGAGUGUGAAAUACAGCAAACUACAUCUCUGUGCUGUAAAAGGAUCUACAGUGGUUAUGGAGGCCACUUACACACAUCCAACAGGUCUUACAGUGAAAAACAGGUUUUGGUUUAUAAACCCAGUUAAGGGUGUAAAACCGACUGAUCUGAGUAAUGAAUCAGGUUACUCAGGCAGAGUGGAGUAUUUAGGAGAUAAACAGAAUCACUUCUCCCUCAGACUGAGUGAUGUGAAGAAAUCAGAUGAACACAUGUACUGCUUCAGAUUCAGAACAACUGGAGAUAAAUAUCAGGGUUAUCCUGGAAUUACACUCAGAGUUACAGAUCUUCAGCUGAUCGCUCCUGCAGAAGUGACAGAGGGAGAAUCAGUCAUUCUGACCUGUAAAACCACCUGCAGUCUGACUGAUCCAACAUUCAUCUGGUACAAAAACACACAUGAUUUAACCACAAACACCUUCAAGAGCAACGAACUCCACCUGCAGAGGGUCAGCAGUGAGGAUGCAGGCAGUUAUAACUGUGCUGUAAGAGGAUCUGAACAUCUCCCAUCUCCUGCUCAAUACCUCAGUGUCAGAUAUCCUCCAAAGAACAUCUCAGUGUCCAUCAUCCCCUCUGGUAAGAUUGUGGAGGGCAUUUUAGUGAAUCUGACCUGCAGCUGUGAUGCAAACCCACCUGUGGAGAACUACACCUGGUUUAAUGAAACAUCAUCAGUGGGGAAAGGAAAGACCUUCACCAUCUCUAAAGUCAGUUCUGAGGACAGUGGAAAGUACAAGUGCAUGUGCAGUAAUGAAGUCGGGCAUCAGAACUCCACCAGUGUAACUCUGAAUGUUCUGUAUCCUCCAAAGAACAUCUCAGUGUCCAUCAUCCCCUCUGGUAAGAUUGUGGAGGGCAUUUUAGUGAAUCUGACCUGCAGCUGUGAUGCAAACCCACCUGUGGAGAACUACACCUGGUUUAAUGAAACAUCAUCAGUGGGGAAAGGAAAGACCGUUACCAUCUCUAAAGUCAGUUCUGAGGACAGUGGAAAGUACAAGUGCAUGUGCAGUAAUGAAGUUGGGCAUCAGAACUCCACCAGUGUAACUCUGAAUGUUCUGUAUCCUCCAAAGAACGAUUUUUAUGAAAAUGUAGCAGUGAAUAGAGUCAACGCUGCAUCUGGUUCAGCCUCGGCCAAUCAGGAUGAAGUCCUUUAUGCUAAAGUUGUACGCCAGCGUGCUGUUGAUCUCGGGGAUGCUGGAAGUUCUGCUGCAAUCACUUCUGCCUCUGGGGAGGACGAGGUUCAAUAUGCUAGUGUUAAAUUUACACGCACUGGUGCUGACGACAGGUCUUCCAAUGCUGAGGAUCUCAGUGCGAUCUACAGCAGCAUGAAAUGA